AUGGCGGCGAACCAGGCCGAAAGAACGCCGGUGGCAUCUGAGAGAGCGUCGACCCCUAUUUUCCGAGCGGCAAAGCCAGAGGAGGACGACAUGCUCUCGAGGAUACUCUGCAAUUCAUUUCUCCCGGUUUGGAACCACAAUUGGUUCCAUGGCGUAUCGCAAUCGCUGGAGCCCGUCAUGAUCGGCACACCCACCAGCAAACCACAUAUGAACAGCCAGCAGAAGACUCGCGUCCGGUUCUAUCGCAGCCUGGUCAAGAUGACGAGACGGAUCGGUGGGCUGGUUCUCGUGGCCGAAACCAACACAUCGGAUGACGGCAAGUCCGAUAUAGGCGCCAUCCUGCUCUGGCUGGCCCCCAAGAAGCGGAUGGGGACUUUCGACCUCCUCGGCCUGUGGCAGUCGGGGCUUCUGGGCAUGAUGCUGCCCUGGCACUACGGCGUGACGGGCUUCUACCGCAUCGAGUUCGUCUUCGAGGAGAACAUCCGCAAGAUGUGGGCACGCACGCUCCCGGACCUCCCCCCGCGCGGGUUCCAGGAGGGCGACUGCGCCUUCGUUCAGAUGAUCGCCAGCAACCCCCAGUACGCGGGCAAGGGCUACGCCUCGGCGCUGAUGGCCUACCAGAUCGAGCAGCACUUCGCCGCGUUCCCCAACACCCCGGUCCUCCUCGACACCACCACGCACCAGGCCAUCCGCGCCUACGAGCGCCUGGGCUUCAAGCUGCUAGCGGAAGUCCCCGUGGACACCGGCACCGACGCCAGGGGUAUCAAACUCAAGGCCGACGCGAGCGAGGAGAUCAGAAAGGAGGCCAAGGAGGUUUGCAUCCAGCGAGUCAUGGCGAAGCUUCGGUGA